AUGACCAAGAUCUUCCUCACCGGUGCCACUGGCUAUGUCGGAGGCCAAGUCCUCCACUCUCUACAGCAGAGCAACCCCAAGUAUGACAUCUCGGCUCUGGUGAGAGAUGCAGAAAAGGCCAGCAAGGUUUCAGCUGCAUAUCCUAAAGUCUGCAUUGUGCUUGCAGAUCUAGAUAACACCAAGGUCAUUGAAGAUGAAGCACGAAACGCCGACAUUGUUAUCCACGCUGCCAGCAACAAACACAUGGAAAGCGUCAAAGCGAUCGCGAAAGGUCUAGCAGGACGUCAAAAUGCAUACUACAUUCAAAUCACAGGGGCGAGCGUCCUGGCAUGUCCCGAAAUCGACAACAACUCCUAUGGCGAACCAUCAGACCAGAUCUUCGAUGACCUCGACAACGCCGAAGCUCUACGGGACUUCAUCCGCAGCUACAGAACCCGCCGACCCGUGGAGAACUACAUUCUCGACCUGGGCACCGAUGGUCCCAAGACAGCUAUCAUCUUCCCUCCAAUCAUCUACGGAGCUGGAGAAGGUCCUGUCAACCAACGAAGCAUUCAGAUUCCAUCUUUGUCGCGAGCCGCGCUACAGCAGCGGGUUGGUCUAUACCUCGGCAAGGGACUGAGCCGAUGGGGUACAGUUCAUGUCUCUGAUUUGGGUCAAUUGUUCGCGGAUCUGGCGCAGGCUGGCGCGAAAGCUACAGAGGGUCCCUUUUGGAAUGAGAACGGUCUUUACUUUGCUGAGAAUGGCGUUGAGAGCUUCAAGGAUGUUGCAUCUGUCAUUGCCAAAGAAGCUCACAGCCUUGGCUACAUUGACUCGGCUGAUUCAGUGCGCUCUAUGACUCUUGACGAGGCCAACGAUGUUAUUCCGCACGGCGCUGUGGUAUUGGGUACCAAUGGCCAAGGAAUGGCUUCGCGGGCGAAGAAGCUACUGGGAUGGCACCCAACUGGGGAGAAUUUCGAGAAGGGCGUGCGAAACACCCUUAUUGCCGAAGCAGCGCAACUUUGA